AUGACAGAAGAAGUUAUUGUUAUAGCAAAGUGGGAUUACACUGCCCAGCAGGAUCAGGAACUUGACAUCAAGAAGAAUGAGCGCCUGUGGUUGCUGGAUGACUCCAAAACAUGGUGGCGGGUGAGGAACGUGGCCAACAAGACGGGAUACGUGCCGUCCAAUUACGUGGAAAGAAAGAACAGCUUGAAGAAGGGCUCGCUCGUGAAAAAUCUUAAAGACACACUAGGCCUUGGUAAAACAAAAAGGAAAACAAGUGCAAGAGACGCCUCCCCGACACCGAGUACGGAUGCGGAAUAUCCCUCCAACGGCAGCAGUGCUGACCGCAUUUAUGACCUCAACAUCCCGGCCUACGUGAAAUUCGCGUAUCUUGCGGAGAGGGAGGAUGAGCUUUCCUUGGUGAAAGGGUCCCGGGUCAUCGUCAUGGAAAAGUGCAGUGAUGGUUGGUGGCGAGGAAGCUACAAUGGACAGAUCGGUUGGUUUCCUUCGAACUAUGUCAUGGAGGAGGUAGAUGAAGCAACUGCAGAUUCCCCGAGCUUUUUGAGCUUACGGAAGGGUGCCUCCAUGAGUAACGGCCAGGGCAUGCGAGUCCUCCAUGUGGUUCAGACACUGUACCCGUUCAGCUCCGUGACCGAAGAGGAACUCAAUUUUGAGAAGGGAGAAACAAUGGAAGUGAUUGAAAAACCUGAAAAUGACCCAGAAUGGUGGAAAUGUAAAAAUUCCCGGGGGCAGAUUGGCCUUGUUCCCAAAAACUACGUGGUAGUCCUUAGUGACGGGCCAGCCCUAUACCCUUCCCAUGCGCCUCAGAUAAGUUACACCGGACCUUCAGCCACUGGACGGUUCGCAGGGAGAGAGUGGUACUAUGGGAACGUCACGCGGCACCAGGCAGAGUGCGCCCUGAAUGAGCGGGGUGUGGAAGGGGACUUCCUCAUUAGAGAUAGUGAAUCUUCGCCCAGUGACUUCUCCGUCUCUCUUAAAGCAUCAGGGAAGAACAAGCAUUUCAAGGUGCAGCUCGUGGACAAUGUCUACUGUAUCGGGCAGCGGCGAUUUCACACCAUGGAUGAGUUGGUGGAACACUACAAAAAGGCACCGAUCUUCACCAGUGAACACGGGGAAAAGUUGUAUCUUGUCAAAGCACUUCAGUGA